AUGAACGCUCUUGGAAGAUGCUGCAAAUCUCGGCUGCAAACAUUUCUCUGCACCACUGCUUGCGCGGCCAAAGGUACGGGCCGCGUGUUCACGCGAUCACAGUGUUAUAAAGCGGUGAAUCGACGUGCAGUGACCGAACUUAAAAACUUACGCCGUGACCCACCGAAAGAAUCUCCCGGUGUUGGCGGCGACCGGCGAACGUUAGCACAAGCAUUGCACGCACGGAUCCGCGCUACCGGUCCAAUAACGGUGGCAACUUACAUGCGAGAAGUUCUCCUUAAUCCGGCCGCAGGAUAUUACAGCACAAAGGAGAAUGUUUUCGGAACGGCUGGUGAUUUCAUUACGGCACCGGAAAUUGGACAGAUUUUCGGUGAGCUCAUUGCUGUAUGGUGUAUUAAUGAACUGCAAAAGUUUAACUAUGAUGGGCACAUUCAACUAAUUGAGCUUGGUCCCGGUAAGGGUACAUUAAUGCACGACGUACUGCGCGUUUUCGAACGGUUCGGAUUAUCGAAAGAACGGCUCAGUGUGCAUUUGGUAGAAAUGAGUUCAAACUUACAGCGCAUUCAGGCAGAGCGACUUUGCAAUGGAUCGGUGCACCGCAUCGCAGAAUGUGACGAAGCUGAUCAACUCCACGUUCAGGAAGGAACAACCCGUUCCGGCAUAAAUCUCCGAUGGUACUCCGAUAUCGUCGACAUACCGAAAGGGUUUUCCAUCAUACUUGCAAACGAAUUCUUCGACGCUCUUCCUGUGCAUGUGUUCUGCAAAGAACCCAAAGAGGAAGGUGCACAGUGGAAGGAAGUUCUAGUCGAUAUUAAUGCGAACGAAAAGGAGGCAUGUUUUCGGUUCAUACAAUCGAAUAAGGCAACUCCCUACUCGGUAGUGUUCGGGAAACGGUUCGACAGAAAGGAGCAGCUUGUGAAGGACCGGAAUCGCAUUGAAGUGUCGUUUGAAACGGAACAAAUAGCUCAAACCAUAGCGAAACGCAUCGACGAACAUGGUGGAUUUGGGCUUAUAAUUGACUAUGGUCAUGAAGGUGACAAAAUGGACACACUAAGGUCAUUUAAAAGUCACAAAUUACAUGAUCCUCUGCAAGAACCGGGAAGUGCUGAUCUGACGGUUGAUGUCGAUUUCGGGUUCUUGAAGCACUUCCUAGAACAGGACGAAAAAGCGGUAACGAUCGGCCCCGUCAGUCAAGGAUCGUUCUUGGAAGCGAUGGAAGGAUCUGCUCGGUUAAAGAGUUUACUAAGCUCAACCGCUGAUGAGAACUAUCGGAAAGUACUAAUCCAAGGAUAUGACGAACUAACGAAUCCCGCCAAAAUGGGCGAACGAUUUAAGCUACUUUCGGUGUUUCCAUUAUCGCUAUAG